AGAGAGGAGGACUUCACUCAGAAUCACUCCUCUCCCUCACUCUCUCUCUCUCUCUCUCUCUCUCUCUCUCUCUGCGCUUUACUUUGCUGAGAUCUCAGAGUGGGGACUUGUGGAUCCUUCUUCUUUCUUUUCUUGCUGGUUCUUUUCCUUCCCAUGGUAAGGAGGCAUGGGGGGCGAGGGCAGGAAGAGAAGAGGGCGCUUAUAGUGUUCCUUCUGAAGACGCAAGAUCAUCGCCUUCUCCUCUUUCCUUCUCAUUUCCUUUCUUGGUCAUCUUCUCCAAGUUCUGGAGCUUAGAGCGUUGUCUUUUUGGCUGCAGGACGGUUCAUUGAGUUCAAAGACAUUCAAGAGCUUAGCACUGGCAUUUGUUAUAAUCCUUGUGGCGAUGGACAGAAAAAACAUAAUCUUUUUUGAAGCUCAAGAGACUACAGGUAGAAUCACUCGUGCUAGAGUGGCAGCUAUAUGUGCUGCUAAUGCUGCAAUUCCCUUGAGAGAAUCUUGUGUAAAGCAAGAAAAGGAACUCCACCGAUAUUCUAAGAGGGUGGGCCUGGAUGAGAACCAUCAUGCUCCAAGCAUUGUCAAAGUGCAGAAUAAGAGACAGGCUGUGCUGAAGGAUAUCUCUAACAUUGCUUGCAAGACCUCAUUUAUUAACUGCAUUGAGGAAGCCAAAAGUAAGAAGCCCAAAAGCUGCAAGAAUGUUAAGCUGAAUACUAGAAUAAAAGAGUCAAGUGUGGCUCCUGCCCAUGAUGAAGAGGUUGCAGAUUGUCAAGAGCAGGCGAGACAGAAAAAAUUGCAGACUGACGACCUGGCUAUCAUUGAGCAUGAGAAAGUGAAGAAAGUCCCAGAACAUACUUCCAAAGAUGUUGUUUCCACUGACAAAGGUGAUGCUAUCAACACUGAAGACAUGCAUAAAGGGGAAAUACUUACCGGUAUACACUUUGUAGACAUUGAUGUGGACCACAAGGAUCCCAAAAUGUGCAGCCUUUAUGCCUCGGAGAUCUAUGCUUACUUACAACAGGCUGAGUUGAAGAAGAGGCCAUUGAAGGAUUACAUGAAUGUGGUACAGUGGGAUAUUUCGCCAGCUAUGCGUGCAAUUCUUGUAGACUGGCUUGUUGAGGUCUGUGAAGAAUAUAGACUUGUUCCGGAUACUCUUUUCCUCACAGUCUGCUACAUUGAUAGGUUCCUCUCUGGGAAACCAGUUGAAAGAAAGAUGCUACAGCUAGUCGGGAUUACCUGCAUGCUCAUUGCAUCGAAGUAUGAGGAGAUUUGUUCACCUCGUGUGGAGGACUUUUGCUUGAUUACAGAUAAUACAUACAAUAAGCAACAGGUCUUAAAGAUGGAGGCUGAUGUUUUAAAUCAUCUUCACUUUGAGCUGGCCACACCAACUACAAAAACCUUUCUUAGGAGGUUUUUGAGAGCAGCACAAGCUUCCUCCAAGAUGGAUCGCAUAUAUGAACUGGAAUUCUUGGCAAAUUAUCUAGCAGAGCUUACAUUACUUGACUAUGAUUUCCUGAAGUUCGUUCCUUCUCUUGUAGCAGCAUCUGCCCUAUUCCUUGCAAAAUGGACAUUGGACCAACUGUCGCACCCUUGGAAUCCAACCCUUGAGCAUUACACAUAUUAUAAGGCAUCAGAUCUAAAAGAUGUAGUGUUUGAAAUUCAUCGUUUGCAGUUUGAUGUUAAGGAUGUGGCUGGAAAUGUGUCUCUCAAAGCAAUAAGAGAGAAAUAUAGCCAACAAAAGUUCAAGUCUGUAGCUGCUUUGCCAUUCCCAAAGCCACUUGAGGAACUCUUCCAGUGAUAUGACUAACUGCAGAAAUGUGCAAGAUGGUUACAGCAUUGUGACCUCUGGACCUUAGGCUGGCUGUUCGCAAUUCAGUAGCAUCGCUGUGUUUUCUGCAUUCCGCAUUUGUCUGAGGAAAUGGGCAUUGUCAAUAGAAAUUGUGUCCUAGCACCCGUCUUUUUAUCAUAGACUGGUCCAUGACUCAUGGACCAUGACUGAAGAUAUGCUGGAGAUAUCAGCCUUCCUCUGUGAAUUAUUUGACUAACUUAGUCAAGCUUCUACAACAUUAUCAUUUUUUCGGAGGCCUGAUAAUGGAGCCACUCAGUUCUAUUGGAGGCUUUUCCUUGUAAGCAAUCUGUAUGUAUUAACUGUUUAACUUGUAAUCUCUUUUCUUUCUCAUUUCUGUUCUGAAAUAGUUGUGAUAAUCCAUGAAGGAAAAAUGAAGCUUGUUUCUUUUUAUGAUUCUGCAAGAAUAACUGUCUUCUGAACUAAUGCUUAAUAAUAAUACUUCACUUGCUGUUUCGAUUUUCCA